AGAUACUUGCUAUUCAUUUCGAAUAUUUUUCUCUUUUCUUUCGGACGUGCUUUCCGCUUCUACGGCAACAGCAAAAGAAAACGAUAACUGUGUUUUUCUUUUCUUUCUCAGAGAUGUCGAAGGCCACCAACGUUGAUUACAAGCAGGUCGGACAGCGCGACGUGCAUGACGCCGUCGAUGCCGCGCCGACCGAGGUCAUUCACUCGGUGGGAAACGUGCAGCGGCCGUGGCAUUACGGCUUAUGUACCCUUUGCAGUGAGAUGAACUCCUGCUUAGAGUGCUUUGUCUGCGCUCCCUGCCAACUGAGCCGCCAAUUCAACAUGCUGUACAACCUGAAGCCGGAGUUGCACAUCCCGGUGUGCCUGGCGGUGGUGCUGCUGGACUCCAUGGGCGUGCCGGCCGGCUUUGCGCUCCAGUACGUGAUUCGCUCUGAUAUUCGUCGCCGCUACGGUAUCGAAGGCAACAUCGUGUCGGACUGCUGCUUCUCGUGGCUUUGUGCGCCGUGUGCGAUUCAGCAGCAAUUUUUGGAGAUGACCUCCGUUGGCUCCUGCCCUGGAAUGAGCAUGUGUGGUGUCAUCCCCUUGGCGCCCGAGGAGCCGCUCAUGCUUUAG